AUGGAAAAACCAAGAAAAGAUCCUUGUAUUGGAAGUCAAAUAGAGCUUGCUGUGUUUGUUAAUACUAGAAGGGAAUUGUUUCAUAGACGUAUGGGAAUUAGGAAUAGUUGGGCUAAAGACGCGAGUAAAAAUAUGAUUAUUCGUUUUGUGAUUGGAGAUCCAGUACUGGAAGAAGAGGAAGGAAGAAAAUUUGAUAAAUUAUUGGAUGAAGAACAAAAACAAUUUGGUGAUUUGAUUCGUUACUAUAAUAUAACAGAAGGCUAUCAUAUGUUGCAAUUUAAAGUAGGUGCUGCUUUUCAAUGGCAACAAAAAUGGUGCCCUAAUGCGGAAUAUGUUAUGAAAACUGAUGAUGAUGCAAUCAUUGAUUUGCCUCGUUGGGCAUUCUGGAAUGAAAACAAAUUUAAAAAACAAUUGAAAGAAACUGGAACUGGCCUAGCAUUUUUUGGAUAUUUAGUAGAUGAAACACCUACAAUAAGGGAAAAGGACAAUAAAUGGUAUUUAUCUAAGGAGGAAUAUCCUAAUGAAAUUCUUCCAAAAUAUAUGCAUAAUACAUUCUUUGCAAACAGUAAAACGAUAAAAUUGGUGAUGAAACACACAAAAGAAUUUUAUGGAAUACACAUUGAAGAUACUUUAUAUGCUGGAAUAAUAGCUAAAAAAGCAAAUAUUUCUCUUUUUGAUCUGUCUCAAGUUCAUAUUCGGGAAGAUAAUUUGGUGGAUAACGAAAAAUGUGAACUUGGAAAACCUAAAAUCUUCAGUAUAUUACAAAAGACACUUACAAGUAGUACAGAAUAUAAGGAAGAAUAUAAAAAGCUACAUAAUUUAAAAUGUAAUAAAAAUUAUUAA